AUGGCAGAUGCAUACAUCUCCUCGCAUUUCCUCUCUGCUCGAAUGGUUCAGCGACACAUAGAGACAAAACAAAUCUCCAAGGACUCCGCCGUCGCGACCGCGAACCCGUCUUCUCAUCAGUCUCGUUCUGUGCCUCAAUCACCAACUGCUACUACAAAGCCUGACCCAAUACCACUUCCACUUCCAAUGCCCGAACCCGUCGCAUAUCGCACUCAUCCAUACCCUCAGCAAAAUGAACGUCCACCUUCCACCACCUCGUCGCAAUCCCAGUCGGGCUCUCAUAAAUCCUCACUUUCUCAUCGCCCCAGUAAUGCUCAUCAGAAAGUCCCCUCCCAGAGCUCCUUGAUCCCUCCUUCUCCGAGGGGGUCCUACCGUUCUUCUGGACGAAUUUCCACGGUCCCCGAGGAUGGUCCCUACCCAUACCGUCCCACCAAGCGACUGAAGUCAGCCUAUCCCUUAUAUUCCCCAGAGCCUCAUGUCGAGUAUAUCCUGGUCGCCUCUUUCGACAUUGAUCGUGGUCCUAUCAUGGAACACCAAUAUCCCGGUGCAAUCAGUCCAGAUGAGAACAUGUUGGCCGAACUCAUGCUUCCCGAUCAAACACAUGUGAGGCAACAGGAUUGGACCAUGUUCUUCCUCCACAAGGAUGCGGGCAAUAAUGAGGAAGAUGCCAUGGAGAGAAAGAUCGCCCGACAAAAACGCGCCCUGAGACGCAAGGCCAGGAAGUCGCAUGAUUCUCAAAGCACCCAGAGCGAGCAAGCCUCCAGCAGUGAAGAAAGCGAUGAUGAUUCUCUAGACAGUCCCCCAUUGAUGUACGUCCUGAAUCUGGUCAACACAAAACAGGACAGUACGGUCAAGAGAGGUGCAGUGGUCAAAGCUAUGGCGAUAUGCACCAGACACUCGUUCCUCCACAUCUACAAACCCUUACUAUUGCUGGCACUAGAAGAUUAUUUCAAGGUUCCCACUCCCGACACCCUUGAGUUGCUUUACAAUGCACUCAAUGCGAUGGAUCUCUCACUGAUGCCCCGGCUCUCCCUCUUGGAACGUCAUAUUCUUCAAGCCAGCGACGCCAAAGACAUGUUUUUGGAGAAGUUCGAUCAAAUGAUUUCUCAGCGCCUGACCGACGAAGCCUUAGGCAGGGCUCCCGAACAACCGGAGUCACCAACCAAAGCAGAACCAAAAUACAAUGUCCCCCGUGACACUCACGAGUUCGAGUCCAAAAUCGUGUAUAAUGGUAUUCCUAUACCUGUCAAGAUUCCCACUGCUCUUUCUGCAGAGACCGUCGGCGAUUUCUCUUUGAUCAAACUUGUUCAAAUCUUUGGUGGCCCUCAUAUGUCACAACCUCAGCCCUUUGCCCUUCAUCCACAUCUGACCACCUCUGGCGCGUAUACGCAUCCUAUAAUCGUUUUAAUCAAUGCUAUGCUCACUCAGAAGCGUGUCAUAUUCCUUGGUCAUAACAGACCAUCUGGUGAAGUUGCCGAAGCCGUCCUUGCUGCUUGUGCACUGGUAUCGGGUGGUGUGCUCAAAGGGUUUACCCGGCAUGCCUUCCCAUAUACUGAUCUGACCAAGAUUGAUGAGCUUUUAAAAGUGCCUGGUUUCAUCGCUGGCGUGACAAACCCUGCAUUUUCAUAUCACCCUGAAUGGUGGGAUCUGCUGUGUGACCUGCCCUCAGGUAGAAUCAAGAUCUCAUCCUGCAUUGAGUCAGCCCCACUUACUGAAGGCACAACAUACUUUCAGCAACAUGGUCAUAUGUUGGCGGCGAAAGAGCUAGGGAGUACCGAUGCCACUGGAGAUAUCAUGUUUAUGGACGAAAUCACUCGAGGUAUUGCAUCACGACAUGGCGAGUCCAUCAUUCGGGCUAAAUUCCGUGCCUAUAUCACCAAAUUCACACGUAUAGCUGCGGCCUUCGAGGAAACUGUCUAUGGCGCUAGCAGUCUAAUAUCAAUUCCUCCGACGGAAGUUGACAAGGUUGAGACACCCAAAACUAGCAAACCUCCCGAUCGUCCUAUGUCUCUCAAGACCUCGAGCAAGAAUUUGAAAGGACAUGGAUAUGUUUGGGCCAGCGAUGAGGCCAAGAACCGUGAAUUAGCGGCCUCUGCAGCCCGAAUCGAAGGGUGGCGCAACACACGGUCAUACUAUGCAUUCAUUUCCGACCUUGCAGCAAAUGCCCAAGAUCCUGGUUCACCAACGUCGCCUGUAAGUAUGAGCAAUAUGCUUGCCCGUGCUCCAUCGAAACCAUACGUCGACCUUUACCAUUCGUUAUCAAAGCUGCGGACUCUUCGCUUGAGUCCAACCGAGGCAGGAGCAAUUUACCUUGCUCUCGAGGGCUACUGUACGGAUUAUGAUAGCAUACUGGAACUACUUGAGUUAACACCGGUAUCUGAAGCUGGCCUGUUCUAUAUCGGCCUCGGACUCUGGCAUGAGGACUCGAGGGUGAGAAUGGCCGUCGCCACGGUGCUAGAUCGCAUUCGAAAACAUCCAGCCGGUCGGGUCUUUUUCAAUCGACUUGGUGGCUGGGCCAAUAUGGGAUUUACUCGCUGCAUACAGGAAAGAGAGAAUGCAUUACGUGGCCAGCAGCAUGAGGUUGCAGAGUUUGUAGAUCCACACAUGCAGUCGCUCAAUGGGGAGACUAGGAGGAGUUGA